CCGCCGUUCCGCGCAAAAUGUCAAUAGUGUUGUUUUGGUGGACGUACGUAAUUUGUGAUUACCUGCUUCUUUUAAUUUAAUAUAUAGAUGGUUGGUGUAUUUACUAAUUUUAAGGGAUAAAGAAGUGUGUAGGAUUUGUUUUCUAUUCAUGGGACCGUGAUUAUACUGCAUAAGUGGAUAGUGGUCGGAACCAUGCAAAGGAAAUCUGGCUUCCCCGUUGCGAAUUGCAGCAUUAAAAUGCCUGACAGUAUAAUGCCCCAUUCAGAGCCUCAACCUUGCGAGGAGGACACUGAACACCGCAGACAACAGCUCAUCAACUUUGGACACUCACAAUGGGGCUUCAACAACUGGAGUUGGACUGUCACCAAACAAGAAUUAGAUUUUGUGGACCCCGCCGGCAAUGGGAAGUACACAGCGGGUGUGGUGGCGUUUGUCUCUAUUACAGUGAAAAGCUUUGACAUCCAAAGGGAGAAUAUUGGCUACGCCACUUCUGUUGCUAACAGCAAGGGAAUGGCGAUUUACAAGUCUAGAAAGUGCGCCGUUACGAAUGCUCUACGCGAAACGUUAUUAAGUUUCGGCGGCAGCGUCGCCACAGAACUGAUGGAACUCUCAGAGAUAAAGACCGAAGCCCCCAGCGCCCCGAACCCGGUCCCGACCGCCCCCGUAGAGCCCGAAAACAACCAGAAUCUACCGAACAAACCGAUCGAGCCUAAGAAUUCUCCUGUCAACAAGGUUAUAAGGAAAGAGGAGAGCACGACACCCGCGAACGUGCGGCCGCACCCUCCGCCGGCGAUCAAGAACAUGGCGGGGAACCCCCCGCCGCCGCCCGUGGCCAAGGCGCACCCGAUGCCCGUGAGCCUGCCGCGGGCCGCGCCCCGGGGCCCCGCGCCGCCGCCGCGCCCCAACUCCAACGAGGCGGAGAUGAGCGAAGAGGAAGCGAGGGCGGAGCGCAAGCGCAGACAGCGACUCGCACAAGAAGAGUUCCGGUUGAAACAGCUUGCCAAGAACGCGGGAAACGAUGACAAAGAGCUAAGCAAAGCUGGCAGCAGUAUAGACAAGAUGCUGAUGGACAUUCCUACUCAGGAUAUAGUCAUAGAGGAGAGCGGGACGGAAGAUGGCAAAAGGAAAUCCCCAGCAGACGGUGGCGCUGCCAAGCGGCGGACUAGCGUACUAAAUAGACUGGAUAUCGUUGCCGAUUGAGGGUAGUUGUUAACUUUGGUUUUGUAAUUUUGUAAAGUAAGUACCUACUUUGUGGAAUUUUAAACGUUACCCGAUAACAUUGUUACGUUGUGUUUGCAUAAGAAAGGUAGCUUUUUAAAUCUGCUUAUUUAUUGCCUCUUUUCUUUUGUUUGCUUUGUUAUACAAAUGUUAAAUACCUCAAUUUGUAGAAGGAUAAACAUUCUCAUCUGGAUACAUAUUGUAAGUGUUAAUUAAAAUAU